CAGCUAGAAAGAAAUCAAGAAAAAAGGGCUUCAAAGUUUGACAAGACAGAGAAGAGAGAUUCUUCAGACUACUAGAGCGCCUCAUCCUUCACGUGCAUACACGGCUACACCCCGCCCGUGGCUUCCGAUUUCUUAAAUGAAAUAAUAACAAUGGAGGGUGCGGAGAGCUGCGGCAAGAGCGUGACGACUGAGGAGGAGGUGGUGAAGCCGGAGUACGAGCAGGGAGAGGUGAUGAUGAUGCAGGAGCAGGGCGGAGGUGCUGCGGCGGCGGCGGCGGAGGAAGCCAUGGCGCCGGCCCAGAUCGACGUGAGGAUGGACGUGGCUCUGCUCCACUGCCAGGCCUGCCUCCUCCCCCUCAAGCCCCCCGUGUUCAAGUGCGAGGCCGCCGGGCACGUGGUGUGCUGCUUCUGCCGCGCCGGCCACGCGGGGCUCUGCAGCCGCGCCAGCGCCCACUGCGGCGAGCUCGACGCCGUCGUCGGCGCCGUCAAGGUGCCCUGCCCCUACAGGGCGUUCGGCUGCGAGCGCUACCUGGUGUACCACGACGCCGCGGACCACCAGCGCGCGUGCCGGUGCGCGCCCUGCUCCUGCCCGGAGCCCGGCUGCGUCUUCGUGGGCUCCCGCGCCAUGCUCCUCGGCCACUUCGCCGCCGGCCACCAGCGCCCCGCCGUCACGGUCCGCUACGGCCGGGCCUGGAACCUGAGCCUCUCCCUGGCGCACCGCUGGCACGCGCUCGUCGGGGACGAGGACCGCAGCGUGUUCCUCGUGUCCCUCGGCCCGCUCGGCGCGGCCACCGCCGUGUCGCUGCUCUGCGUCCGGCCGGACGGCGAGGCCGGGGCGGCGCCCCGGUUCCGGUGCAAGCUCUCCGUGGAGCGCCCGGCGGGCGACGGCAAGGACAACCUGGUCCUCAUGGCCUCGGCGGUGAGCAGCAGCGCGCUGUCCACCGGCGCGCCGGCGCCGGGGCAGGGGAUGUUCUUGGCGGUGCCUAAGGAGCUGAUCUCCGGCGACACGCUCACGCUCAGCAUCCGGAUUGAUCUGAUCCAGCCUGCUGCUGCCGCUGCCGGCGGCGCUCCCAAGUCGGCAACACCGCAGGCCAGGACUCCGAGGAGGAUGCAGUGAAGUAUCUGAUGGUUAUGCUAAGUUAACUUAUCUGAUGCAGUAGCAGUAGAAGUAUGAUGAACAGUUUUCAUCAUUCAGUAGUAGAGCAGCUAAGCUAUGGAUGAUUAGUAUGAGUGAGACUAUUAACUGUGUGGGCUUGUUAAGCUAAGCUACAUGGCUUAUGAUCAGUAGCAAUGCAGCUAAACGGGUAGCAGUAAUUAAUGUAGCUAAGCAAGGGUAGGGUAGGAAUGCAUCACCCUUUGUUCUGAACAAGUGGCCUCAGUGGUAGUAGUUAAUUUCAGUGGUAGUAGCAAUGCAGCUAAACGGGUAGCAGUAAAUUCAGCUGCUGCUUUGUAUUUGUUCUGAGUUAAUUUCAGUUGUGCAAUCGAUUGAAGUUAACUGGAAGAACCUACACCGGAAAAUGUUCUGUCUUUUUAUAACCUGCAGCAGAGUAUGCAGAGUGAAAUAUGCAUUUGGUGAA